GGGGCCCAAACCCACAAACUGUGAGAUCAUGACCUGAGUUGAAGUUGGACGCUUAACUCACUGAGCCACCCGGGCGCCCCUACGAGUGUUAAACUUAAAAACUUCUUACUUUGAAUCUCAGUCUUGCAGAGACGUUGCAAAAACUGUACCGACUUGCCACGUGUCUUCCCCAGUGUUCACAUUUUACCAAACGUAUGCCCACUCUCUCCACCUCUCUUUCACUGUGUGUGCGUGCACAUGUGUGCAUAUACACAUACACACGUAUGUGUGUGUGUACAUUUGAGAGAGUAAGUUGUAGAUGUGAUGCCCCCCAGUAUUUCCGUUUGCAUCCCAAAGCAAGGAUGCUGUCUUCAUUAACCACAGCACAGUUACCAAAAUCAGGAAAGUGACUGGUAAAAUACUCUUACCUACUCUGUGUAAACUUUGCCGGUCGUCUCACGAAUGAGCGACUGCCUCGCUACCGGCAAAAAGGAAAGAGCAUUUGGGGGGCCCAGGCCCCCGUUGAGGACCACACACACCUGUCGCUUCACUUACUGGAGAAGUCUAUCGGCCUCUUGCACGUUCCCGCUUUGGAAGCUUAUGGGCCAGUCACUUCGUAGAUUGCCCCUCAGUUUCGGAUGGUGAGCGCAGCCUCGGGAUCGGGCAGGACUCCUCCCAAGUCUUAGGUGUCCUUCUCAGGAGGGCUGUGAUGUUCCUUUGUCUCCUUACUGAUCAUCGGAAAGUUCACCGUGUGGUUACAUGUUGUCUGCCGGGUGUCUUCACUGGGAAGCUACUGUUUUCCCGUGUAAUCAGUGGUGCGUUAGGGCAGGUGUGCUGACAUCAGGUGCGUUUCCUCUUCGGGGCCUCGUACGGGCCUCCCCGAGGAGUCCCGCCUGAGGCUCGGGUUACUGUGCGUGUUGCCAGCGCGAUGGCGUUGCAUCCGCCCCUGCCUGCUGGAUGGACCGCGCUAUAAUUCAGAGCUGUGCCUUCCCCCACUUUGUCCUUCGUUUACGUGCGCGUAUCAACACGGACGGCUUUGGGCAGCGUCGACGUUUUCACAGUGCUUGUUCUUGGAGCGCGUGAGCACGGAAGGUCUUCCGGCUUCUUUGAGUCACCUCCGAUUUCCUGUGAAAGCUUCCUCUAGUUUUCAGAGUCAGGCCUUUCGCCUCUUUGGUUAGGUUUAUUCCUGGGUACCUCAUUGGACUCACCGAUGGUUGUUUUACUCCGAGUACUGUCAUACCCCGUCGCCCGUUGUCCCACGUUUGGCCCGUGAGAGCUUCUGCAAGCUGCUUUGACUCCUUCUGGCGUGUCCCCGUAAUUUUUGAGCACAGGCUCCGGGUCACCUUGUGCCUUCCCUGCCCCAGCCCUGGGAUCACGUCAGCCACUGCUCUCCGGAGCCCCGAUUCUUUGUUCUGGGGAGUGACAUUUAUCACCCAGGGUCUGGGUGGUACCGGGUGUCGCUGCUUCUCCACGUCUCAGGGGACAGGGCUGAAGCAGGUGCACAUGUGUGUGUGUGUGUGUGUGUGUGUGUGUGUGUGUUGAACGCACGGGAACUCACACCGACAGCUCCACUUCCGUUCCAGCAGGGCGGGGUCCCCCCGAGCCGUUCCCUCUCUGUGUUUGGGGCCCCUUCUCUGUCACCGACCGUCCUGUGCUUAUUCCCCGUGUAUUCGUGUGUCUUCCCAGUCUCACGAAGCAUCUGCCUGUUUAUCAAGCCCAAGGAAGUGUACCUUUUAAGUCAGGAAGUCAGUGCGGUGUUGCAGGAAGAGGCUCGUCCAUCCGCUGUGUCGUGGCUCCGUGCCCGAGGGAGGGCGGCCUCCUCCUGGCCCAGUGAGGGAGGGCGCUUCCAGAGCUGAGGGCAGGGUGCUGCCGGCCUGUGCGGGGAGUGCUGAGGGUGGAAGCAGGGCCGCCCCGCGUCCUCGCCGCUGAACGUCCCGUCUGUUCGAGAGGAACGGGCGGCGCAGGGACGCAGGGCCUCGGAUCGGCGCCACUUCCUGUGCCCGAGUCCCCGUGGGCGGCGCACCGAGGGCCCCGUGUUCACCUGCACGCGCGGUGGGGCUCGCCCAAGGGAGGACCCUCCGACGGAGCUGGGAGCCCACGCGGGGCCCGCACCCUCUUUUGGGAGUACGGUGUACCUGCAUAAAAGCCAGGGGCCGUUCUGACGCCGUCCCGUGGACGCGUACGUGCAGGCCUCCCGACACGGCUGGCCCCGGACUGUGAUGGAGGGCUGUGCGGUGUCGGCCAAGCUCGGCGCCGGACCGCGUCCUGGUGGACGUGCCUUGGUGACGUUUGACGGAGGCCGCUCCCGGCUCAGCCUCGUGGCUUGCCCGGCCUGGAGAGGAGGGUGGUGUCGCUUUCAGACGCCAUUUGCUUUUGACGCAAGAUGAUUUGAUGCUUUCCUAUGAGACCCAUGAACCAUGAUGGCUACACAGACACUAAGCAUAGACAGCUACCAAGACGGGCAACAAAUGCAAGUAGUAACAGAGUUAAAAACGGAGCAAGAUCCCAACUGCUCUGAACCGGAUGUGGAAGGAGUGAGCCCUCCCCCGGCGGGCUCCCAGACGCCAAUGGACGCAGACAAGCAGGCCAUUUAUAGGCAUCCACUAUUUCCACUACUAGCUUUGUUGUUUGAAAAAUGCGAACAAUCUACCCAGGGCUCGGAAGGCACGACCUCUGCCAGUUUUGAUGUAGAUAUUGAAAAUUUUGUAAGAAAGCAAGAGAAAGAAGGAAAACCCUUCUUUUGCGAAGACCCGGAAACCGACAAUUUAAUGGUGAAAGCAAUCCAGGUUUUGCGCAUUCAUCUUCUUGAGCUGGAAAAGGUUAACGAGCUCUGCAAAGACUUCUGCAGUCGCUAUAUUGCUUGUCUAAAGACGAAAAUGAACAGUGAGACCCUCCUGAGCGGGGAGCCUGGAAGCCCGUACUCCCCCGUCCAGUCCCAGCAGAUUCAGAGUGCCAUCUCAGGCACCCUCAGCCCCCAAGGAAUCGUGGUGCCCGCAUCUGCGCUGCAGCAGGGGAACGUCACCAUGGCAACAGUGGCAGGUGGCACGGUGUAUCAGCCUGUCACGGUCGUCACUCCUCAAGGCCAGGUGGUGACACAAGCCCUGUCGCCCGGCACCAUCAGGAUCCAGAACUCCCAGCUCCAGUUACAGUUAAACCAAGAUCUCAGCAUCUUGCAUCAAGAUGACGGCUCAGCUAAGAACAAAAGGGGCGUUUUGCCGAAGCAUGCCACCAACGUGAUGAGAUCUUGGCUCUUUCAGCACAUAGGGCAUCCCUACCCGACAGAAGAUGAGAAAAAACAGAUCGCUGCUCAGACAAACUUGACACUACUCCAAGUUAACAACUGGUUCAUCAAUGCCAGAAGACGGAUUCUUCAGCCCAUGUUGGAUUCUAGUUGCUCAGAAACUCCAAAAACCAAGAAGAAGACAGCUCAGAACAGACCGGUCCAGAGGUUUUGGCCCGACUCCAUCGCCUCGGGAGCUGCACAGCCGCCGCCCAGCGAGCUGGCCAUGUCGGAAGGAGCCGUCGUGACGAUCACCACGCCCGUGAGCAUGAACGUGGACAGCCUGCAGUCUCUGUCCUCGGACGGCGCCACCCUGGCGGUACAGCAGGUCAUGAUGGCGGAGCAGAGCGAGGACGAGUCUGUGGACAGCACGGGGGACAGCGGGGCCGCGCUCGCCCCCACCCACAUCAGCGGGCUGGUCCUGGAGAACAGUGACUCCCUGCAGUAGGGCCGGCACAGCCCAGAACCGCGGGGCGGGCCUGACUUUUUACAGUUUGCACAGCAAACAUUUUACACACUUUUAUUUCUGACAUGUUUUAUACGUAGAUGGAGAAGAAUGCACUUUUGUAUUUCAUAGUGAGCUUCGAGAGCGCCCUCGCGGGCGCGGCGACUUUCCGGUGUGCGUGUGUGUGCGUGUGUGCGUGCGCGGGUUUUUAAGGAGAUUCUUUAAAGGUUUAACGCUAAAAAUGUGAUGGAUGACAGACACCCCCGUGAGCCCCUAAUUAGUUAAGGGAUAGUGCUGCCGUUUUCUAGAAAAUUAUGCAGUUUUAAUUUCGUUCUGUGGUUGAAGCAGGUCCCAGUGGGCUGGUUUAUUUGUGUCGCCCACGGAUUGGAAGAAGCUUCUGCACCUUAAAACUGCCAGUGCGAGGUAGACGCCCACGGCAGCAAAGUGCGUGUGGCCCGUGGUGAGCGUGCUCUGGUGGACGUACGCCGAGGUCCCCAUGGACUUGGUGAGCCUGUUUCAUUUGCUAUAUAUGAAAAGAAACUCCUAUUUUUACCUUGCUGGAAUUAUUGGAUAAAAAGCUAUUUUUAUAAAUUCGCUAUGAAUUGGAUUAUGACUAUAUUGAGGAUAAAAUUUCUCGAGAAGAAACACACGUGCUUACUAUUUCAAUUUGGAAUGUUCUGAACUGACCAAAUUUAGUGAACCUGCCCAAAGGUAGCUAGCAUUCCACGGUUCUCCACCGUCCCGGGGGAGCGAUUGACAUGUAGUACCGUAGAAGAAACAAGCGUCUAAUGCAGUUUUGACACCUUCGGACUUCAGUUUAUAUGUAAAAGCUCAGAUUGCAUUUCACACUUGAUCUGAACCUGUAUCUAAAGGUGUUUGCUAAAUAGGACUUAGGUGAGUUAAGUGAGGUGGUAACCAGUAGUCAGAAGCUGUGACCACACACGUCAGUCUAAUUUAAAUUCGACUACAGUUAAAUGGUUACUGCACCAGUUAGCUGUGUAUUGUUUUAGAAGUUUUUAGUCGGCCCUAUGUUAUGCAUAGAAUGUUUAUUAUAAACUAAUAUAAGAUGUGCUCUGUGCCACCGGCUCAGAGUGAGGCCCAGUAACCAGCACCCGCGCUGUUACGCAAUUAACAUGUCCCCAAAGCGACACAGCUCCCCGGGCGGGCUCUCCGGCCUCAGCUCACACGCGUCUGCCGUCGGUCCCGGGGUCAGUAUUUUCUCCCCGUACGUCGUCGCUUUGGGAUUCCCGGACCCCCCACCCCCACCUCCCCCCCCCACCCCCACCCCCCGCCUCCCACCCCCACCCCCGACUUGAUCACAUGAGGUUUGGAGUAAUUUUAGGACUUCCGUUUCCCGGUGACAAGGCAGACCAAAAGAGUAGACUGGGUUUUGUUGCCUUUGUUUUCAUUUAUUUGCAAGUGGGGCUUUUGCUCAGAAAACAAGCCACCUUGUCUCAUCGAGCCUUUGUGUCGUCUUAAAGGGGACGCCCAGUGUUCGUGUUUCUAAAAGGUGGUUUGGUGUUUGGGAAGGUCGCCGGUUCUGGAGAUUCAGCAGCCGUCAUCAGUUACGGACCAAGGUUACACUGCAGAAUAUCUGGAGCUGGGGCAGAUUUUUUCUGGAACUGAUUCCCCUCCCCCCCCCAAAAUUGGUUAAUUACAGUUAAUCACAGAAGACUUAUUUCCUAGGUAACUUAGGAGGCGGUAAGAAAUACAUAGAAUUUUCUUUGAAAAAUACUUCAGGAGCUUUAAAAGAAAAAGUGGACUAAACUCUUUUGGAGCGAGAACAACAUUUUUAAGCAACAGUUGCGUUCCUUAUUUAUAAACAAUUUGUAAUAUUUUCAGUUUCGUAGAUCAUUUUAACUUGACCUAAAUCCUAACUUGAUUGGACUUCUUGAAACUAGGAGCUGUGGACACCAGCCAGCCACCUCCUCCCUCCCCAGUCCCUCCAGUCGCCCCGCUCUUUGGGUGCGUGUGGACGCACAGGCAGGUCACUGCCCCCCGCCCCCCCUCCCCCCCUGCCCCAGGGGUCAUGUUCACUGAGCUGCGGCAGCCUGUUAGUCGAGGGCUGCACAGACUGCCUGUUCGGAGACAGACGGGGGCCGUGCGGGGUCCCGCUGCCCUCGCUGGCCUGAGAUCGGCCUUCCGUGCCCGGUGACGCACCGCGCCCCCUGCGGCUGAAGCCGGUUUCCUUAGGCUCGAAGUUCUUACCGGGUUCGGAGGACUAGGAUGAGCCGUCCAGAGACAGGGCGCUCGUGGACAGGCCUCAGCUUCCCCCCCACUCUCCCCGCGAAUAACCGAGGUGCUCGGAGACAACCUUGGCGUGGCAAGCCGUUUCGGUUCAUAAAACCGCUGCCCGGCGUGCCUGUCGUCGGUUUGCAUUUUAUAAACCCCCAUCUUCCAGCCCUCGGACCUUCAAGAGAACCUUUGAAAAUGGGACUCCCUCGAGCGUUCAUUUUCACGGCGCAGAUUCGAUCCUGACUUUCCGCCAGAAGGACGCUCCGGACGUGUCCCCAGACCCAGAGUAAGAAUGUCGUUACCCGUCCCGCGGCUUCGCCGUCCCCCGACGAGCCGCCGCCGCCGCCACCGGCCCCGGCCUGCCGUUUUCUGACUGCAGGUAGUGACGUCCGUUUCAGUCUCUGUCCGGGACGCGCGGUGGGGCGGCAGGUGGUACCAGAGCGCACCCGCGGGUCGCAGCGGCCUUUUCUGUGCGGCCCUCACCUGUGUGAGCCGGCUCGGGGCCCUUGCCUUUCAGACAGACCCAACCCUGCCUGGACGGUGGGCGAGGCCCACCUCUGGCGGUCAGGGACGGAAGUGACCCAGCAAUCUGCCUUUGUUUUAGUUGUGUUCGGUCUACGAACUGACAAUCUUUAAAAUGUGAAUACUGUAACAAUAUGUUUUCUUGGAUUGUUGUCUCGAAAGGGGAUUUUUGUGAAGCAAUUGAUUUAUCAAAGCAAAAAAAUUAAAAAUAGAAACAUG